GUUUAGUAUUCAAGCAGCUUUUGUUGCGAGAAGUAGUCGUCAUGUCGGCGAAGGAUUCUUUGGUUGAAAUUCCACGCAACGAAUGGAAGAAGCUGCGAGAUUUGUAUGUCCACAAGGAUAUGGAUCCCCAAGGCUAUCUGUGCAUAAAGAACUUCAUCAAUUGGGUUGAGAUAGAUCCGGAACUGAAAGUCAGUUUCCUAUCGUUGAAUGGCGAUUGGCAGAGCGAUGGCACCUUCCUUCUAACCUUAAGUUCGGACACUCAUGCUAACCACCUUUACUUCAACACUCUGAGCGACAAUUUUGAUCGAGUGACGAAAGCGGUAGAAUGCCUUAAGUCCUUUGGGAAGGAAUACGUUUUCUUCGGUUUUAGUUCCCGAUUUAAGUCUUUGGUUGAUCAUAUUGGCAGAAUAUAUUAUAUCACUAAGGCGCCGUACUUUGUGGAGAACGUUUGGUACACUGCCAGCAAAGAACUAGUAGAUUCGUUUACUAUUCAAGUUCCUGCGGGCUUAACUCUACGAAACGUGAACCUCGAAGAUGCGGAAACCAUCAAUGAAAUCUGGCCACAUCGAGCACCUGGCUCCAUAGAGUUUGUGAGAAGUUUAAUUAAGUAUAAUAUUAACUUGGGAGCUUAUGACGACAACAUAAAGUUGGUUGCUUGGUGUCUGCGAUUGCCGAUCGGAUCCUUGGGUGUGCUGCAGGUUCUGGAGUCACAUAAACGCCUUGGCCUGGGCAGCUUGAUGGUAAAGUCGAUGGCUAAGAAGAUCUCCGCAGCGGGAGAUCCCGUUUUCACCCCAGUGGUGACGAAGAACACCGCCUCGAGGAGCAUGUUUGAGAAAUUGGGCUUCCGUGUCAUAGACACUUUAUAUUGGGCUUACUAGCAACUUUAUAUAAAGACCAUUUGAAAGGGAAGAUCAUUUAAAAAAAAUAUAAUUGCGCAAAUGAUAAGUUUUUUAUAAUGAGGAGGAGUGAUUUCAGGUCAUGAUUACUUGCAUUGCAUUUGAGUGCUUCAGUUAUUUUAUGAUGUACAUCUAAUGACUCGAUGCUUUAUAAAUUAUUAUAACUCUUGAAAACUUUUAUUUUUCGAGAGCGUGUGAAAAUAUCCGAUUAUAUCGAAACGAAGCUCACAAUUGCGUGACAAUUAUUACAAAGCAUUUCGUGUGCUUUUAGUUGAUCAGUUAAUUCAAUAAUAGCUGAGCCAUGAAGCUUGAAUAAAAUUGAAAUGAGUUGUAA